GUGGUGCGCCCGGCAGCGUUCGCACGCUUACACCGACGCGCCUCGACACGCGAAAAACUUUUUAAACUUUACACGUGGAGUGAUUGCAUACUCUCUGUCUCUCUGUCAAAACAAUAAACCGCAUCGGAACGAAUUAAAGGGUCACAUGGCUUCACCAGGAUUUAGCAUCUGACAGCAGGACCGGUGGGAAAUAUGCAGGAGCCUUGGUGGUCCUUAUAUUUACUUGGUGUUUUCAUGCUGGGACUGGACUCUAAGCUUGUCGGUCAAGCGUUUCAACCAGAAUUUGCGGAGGCAAUUACAAAUCUGACCAUACCGAUUGGUCGAGAUGCCACAUUCAGAUGCCUUGUACACAACUUGGGUGGAUAUAGGGUCGGUUGGGUAAAGGCCGACACUAAGGCAAUACAAGCGAUACACGUCCAUGUGAUAACUAAUAACCACCGAGUGGGCGUGUCCCAUAACGGACAGACUGUUUGGAAUUUACACAUUAGGAACGUGCAAGAGGAGGACCGGGGACAGUACAUGUGUCAAAUCAAUACCGACCCAAUGAAGAGCCAGAUGGGCUUUUUAGACGUGGUGAUUCCGCCAGACUUCGUAGCUGAUGAGACGUCUGGUGACGUGAUGGUACCUGAGGGAGGAACCGCGAAGGUAUCCUGCCGAGCUCAUGGGCAACCCACUCCGAGAGUUGCAUGGAGGAGGGAAGACGGAGGUGAUAUUGUUAUCAGAGAUCCAAAUGGGACUAAAAACAAAGUGGCAGUGUACGAAGACGAAGUGCUGACAUUGAGCAAGAUAUCUCGGUCAGACAUGGGCGCCUACUUGUGCAUCGCAAGCAAUGGUGUACCACCGACUAUCAGCAAACGGAUCAUGAUCAAAGUGCACUUUCACCCAGUGAUCCAGGUGCCUAAUCAACUAGUGGGAGCCCCGCUCGGCACUGACGUCACACUGGAGUGCUACGUCGAGUCUUCGCCCAAGUCUAUCAACUAUUGGGUUAGAGAUUCUAACGAGAUGGUGAUAUCAUCGAACAAGUAUGAGGUGGUGAACACGGUGAUCAGCUCGUUUGAGAGUCGUAUGGCGCUGACGGUACGUAAACUGUCCUCGGCUGACGUUGGUGGAUACAGAUGCGUUGCGAAAAACUCUCUUGGUGAAGUCGAUAGUGUAAUAAGACUCUAUGAAAUACCCGGGCCUUCACAUAAUACGAGCCCAGCUGUAAAGAAUGAAGAUUUUAAGUAUUCCACUCCUAUUGAAGGACCAGACAACCAGUUCGGUUCAGCAGAGAUCUCUGAUGAUGAAGACGAUAAAGAAGCCUACAGUGACAUUGACACGAAAAGUCAUAAAUUCCCACUCACCAACGACAACGUCACUCCCAAAAAUAAAACACUUCAAGUCAAUACUACUAACUUAAUAAAACAAAACCUUAGUAACAAAGUACGUAAGAUUAUAAAUAAACUAGAAUCAGAAGCCAAAAAUGUUAUUAGUAAUGAAGGUACAAAAUAUUUUUCAUACAUGACUAAUAAUGUUUACAUAUUGCUUUGUAUAAUUAUUUACUUUUUUUAUUAAAAAACUAGUUUGUGACAAGUUAACACCCUACCGGCAAAAACUUACCGCCAAGCGAUUUAGCGUUCCGGUACGAUGUCGUGUAUAAACAGAAAGGUGUGUGGAUUUUCAUCCUCCUCCUAACAAGUUAGCCCGCUGCGAUCUUAGACUGCGUCAUCACUUACCACCAGGUGAGAUUGUUAGUUAAGGGUUAACUUGUAAAGAUUAAAAAAAUAUAUAUCCGAGGAACCUAUUAGGUUUAACAUGCAUAAAUGGUUUCGUUACAAACAAUGUUAAUCAUUUAGAACUCUACAUAAUAUUAUGAAUAAUCAGAUAUAUAAUAUUCAAUGAUAGCUUAAUUAUUAUCAAAAUAAUCUCCCAUAACAAUACAUAUUCUAAAUAUUGAAAAUAAUCCCUACUUAUAUAAAUCCCUUUGAAACCAUAAUGUGAAUGUAGUAUAUUAAAGGUAUAUAACAACGUUAAGUUGAUAAAGAUCUUAUAUAUUUCGAAAAGUGCUUGUACCGGGUGAAGCAAUCUUGAUAAUUACUAGCUCUUCCUCUGUAGCCCGUAAACUUAAUUAAUUGAACAUUUUGAAGUGCUCGGAAAUUGAUAUUGAUGCGAAUGUUCCGGUAUUUUAAUAUUUUAGCUAUCAGAGUUUAAUGAAACAACGCCAUAUUUGCGGACUUUAAUUUAUUAAACAUGAUAAGUAUAUAAACACUACCGGCAAAGAGGUAUGCAACGCAAUUAAGCGUUCCGAUAUGAUGCCGCGUAGAAACCGUCAAAGGUAUAGGUAAAUUAUACUUGUAUUGUAACAUUAAUAUGAGACUACAGUCUCCAAGUAAGCACUUGAGGGAUAUCUUGAAUGGGGAUGAUGACUAAGUUUGAAUAUAUUGAUUUUUUGACAUUCGGGUAAAUAAGGUCAAUGUUAAAUAAUUUAUACGUAAAAAGCAAAAAAUGUUUGGAUGUUUGCAAAAUAAAUAUGAUUAUAAAUUCAAAAUCAAUCAAAAAUCUUUUAUCGUAACUAGAUAAAAAAUCAUACAGUUUUAGCUCCCUUACAUUAAACGUGACUUUUUAAUAUGUGAACUAUAAACCUAAACGCACAAAUAACAAAGAUAUCGUUACGUGACAAUGACGUCAUUAAUUCGUUCCAUUUUGUAUGGGGCGUUUUUCAGGGAUUCGUGGCAGUGCUGCAAAUAAGACCCUUUAUAUCCUUGUAGCUCCGAAAGUAAUGAUCGCAGAUAUCCUGUUACUUUUCCAAAAUUUCUUUAUUAUUAGCAUACUCCUAAUUUAUAAACAAUUUAAAAAAACUGUCAUCAUCCCUAUUAUAAAAAUACCUAAACAAUAAUAAAAUAAAUGAAAAUCAUAAUCAAACUUUAAUAUUUCCAAUCCAAUGUUUAAAAAAUAAGUACAAAUCUUGGUAGUUCUAAGUAUGUAGACAUGUCGUACCAUAUGUAUGUAGAUAUUGUAACUAUGUAAAGGAUAAUUUGUAAGUUGUACUCAACUCAACGAUGUUAGAAGAAAAAAGAGGUAGAUAGGUUACAUAAACCACAUCCGAGGUUUACAACUGGCACACAAAAAAUAUUUCAGCGGCGUUGUCAACGGCGCAAUGACAGUGCGGCGACUGAGCUCAGGUUUGCUAAUUAGCAGAGUUUUAACGUGCCUUUUGGUCCGCGUUGCGCUCUCUAUCUUUUUUUUCUUCUAACAUCAUUGGUUAUACGAUAUUUUUUUCAUGUUGUGUAUCAAACUGAAUUGUUUGGAAAUCUAGCUUAAAUUAUCCAAUGUGUAAAAAGUUUAAUUAUUUAGUUGAAGAAAUAAGUGAUAUUAUUUUUAAAUAAUUGUCAAAUAUUUUCUUAAAUGUACAUAAAUAGUAUAUUUUUCGUGUAAGUCUUCAUUUAUUUUAUUACCUAAAUGGAAGUAAGGGGUUUGCAGGUUAUGAAUAAAUAUUUUGCUUUUCAAUUUAUUGUGUAGACAAUGUUUUCUUAAAUUGUCGAGGAUGGAAAAUGGAGAGUAUUUUGUCUGUCUGUAAAACAGAUUUGUCAAGUCUCCGCUUAGUAGAAAAAAGUCUUGAAAAAUCUUUAGUUUAAUUAAUUAAUAUUAAACACUGGCGAAAAUUUAAUAACAUCUGUAAUCAUGUAAUAAUAUUAUAUAUAAAUAUCUUUAAAUAUUUAAAAAGACAAUACCUACCUAUAUAAAACUGUAUCACAACCAUGUAAUAAAAAAUAUUAUAAAGUUGUUAUCAAAAAUGUUAACUAAUGUUUAUACUUUAAAAUAUAUUAACUAUUAAAAUUA